AUGGUUCAUUUGAUCUUCAUCGCUUCACCCUCUCCAAGUCAUGUGCUCCCUCUUUACGGCAUGGCACAGCGCUUCGCUGCGGAGCCUGGCGUCACGGUCACGUUCCUCGCCUCAGAUGUCACCGUGGCUGAGCUCCGCCGCCUGGGCGCCAUCCCGGAAGUAGAGGCGGGUGCAGCUGCCUCUAUUCGUUGCAUUGGUCUUCCCUCAAGUGGGGCAAUCACCUACAGCGAUUUGAAGAAUGGUCCUGCUAGCCUUAUGAAGCUUUACCAGGAUCUCAUCGAUCCGGCUACGGUGGCACUGAAGGCAUUGGCUGCGGGUGAGGAAGUGGUGGACGCCUGGGGGCACCGGUUUAGCAGUAUUAGCCCUGCAGUGGCGGUCGUCGCCUCUCCGUUCAUCUUCUUUGGCCCGCCGGUGGCCAAGGAAUUUGGUCUUCAUUGGGCCACUUUUCUCCAUACUUCUCCUCCAGGUAGUGCCGUCACGCUGUGCCUUGCCGAAGCGGCUGCCAAAGCAGAUGCUCCAGAUACUGUGCUGCUUGCCGAGGGCAUCGAAUUGGCCGGUGUGGGCCACUUCGACUCCUCCGAGUUCAUCAACGUCUUCGGCGAGGACAGGCUCGUGAAGAGCAGCCCUACGAUCUGGCUAGCAACCGGCUUUAGAACACUGCUCGAGCAGUCCGACAGCUUGCUAUUGAACAGCACGCUAUCCUUGGAUGCAGUAGUUCUUCCUCACCUUCAACCUCAUUCCCGUGCUCAGCCAAUCCCAAUCUUCGGCGUUGGACCGGUCGAUAUCAUUUCUACCAGUAAAUCUUUUGAAGAAGAGAAGGGUUUCCUGGACUUUCUCUCGGAGCAAGAGAAGAAGGGUCGACCCUGCAUCCUAGCUUCGUUUGGAGCCUUGGGAUCACUCCUUGAGGCGGAGAAAAACGAGCUCAUUGCUGCUGCCGCCGCUGAGACAGAGCUUGCAUUCAUCAUCGCCGACAAGACAGCGCCUGCUCUUGAAGUCUCCUCUCGAGCACAUGAGAACAUCUUGCUUGCUCCUUGGAUACCGCAGGGACAACUAUUGGAGCAAAACAGUGUUCAGCUCUUCAUCGGCCAUGCUGGCUGGAAUGGUGCCCUCGAAGCACUUCGUGCAGGCGUCCCCCAGCUUGUUCGCCCGUUCAAGGCUGCAGAGCUAGUUGUAAACGCCCGUUACCUGUCUGACGUGCAUAAGGUUGCUCGCUACGUGUCGAGUUCGGAGUCCAGUGGCUCUCACGCGAUGAGCUACGCUGAUGCCUUCGCCGCCUUCCGCAACGGCUCGCUCGCCACGCUUGCUAGCAACGCUCGUCAAAUCGGAAUUCAAUUGUCGGCAGAUCUCGCUCCUGGAGCGUCUCGUGACCAGGAGGUUCGCAGGUGGCUGGAGUCUCUAGGGACGAGAGACGUACGCUUGGGGCAGGAACAAAAUCAAAUCAUGUAA